AUGGCGUCCAAGGAGGCUGAGAAAGAUCCUCAGGGCAAAGGCAAGGACAAGUCGGUCAAAGAAGACGAGGCCGAGGAACAGGUCCAGGAGAAGUUCUCACCUGAAGAAGAGGCGUCCCUGUUGGCCGAGUCCAACGCAAGCAAAUCCGAGGCGAACGCUCUCUUCUCCUCAUCAAAGUAUGAAGAGGCCAUCACCAUGUAUGAUCAGGCCGUCGCCGCCUGCCCCAACUACCUUGACUACGAGCUCGCCGUCCUGCGCUCCAACAUCUCCGCCUGCCACCUAAAGCUGGAGCAGUGGAAGGAGGCCAUCUCGAGCGCAACCGCCGCCAUCGACGGCCUGGAUCGUAUCGAGAAGGAGGCCGCCCUCGAGCAAGAGCGCCGCGAGAAGGAAAAGGCCGAGGAAGAGGACGUCGAGGACGAAAUCAUCAGCUCCGGCGCUAGCAAGGCCGCACCCGCACCGGCGCCCGAGGACGACCCCGAGGAGGCGGCGCGCCGGAAGCGCAAGGACGACGUGCUGAGGAUCCGGGCUAAGGCGCUGAUGCGCAGGGCGAGGGCGCGGAGCGAGGAGGGUGGCUGGCAGAACCUCGCCGGCGCAGAGGAGGACUACAAGACGCUCUCCCAGAUGACGAACCUGGCGCCCGCGGACCGCAAGAUUGUGCAGACGCAGCUGCGUGUGCUACCGGCCCGGACCAAGGCUGCGCAGGAGAAGGAGACUGCCGAGAUGUGGGGGAAGCUGAAGGACUUGGGCAAUGGAAUCCUCAAACCUUUCGGUCUGAGUACGGACAACUUCCAGAUGGUCAAGGACGAGAAGACGGGAGGUUACUCGAUGAACUUCAACCAAGGUCAAUAA